ACUCGUCUGCGGCGUCAUCAGCCAAGUUGAGUGAGGACGCACGGGUUGUCGCGCCGUCGUCCUGUCAGGGAGACUCUCUGUCCACGUCAUCGUCCGCCUCCACCAUCACCCAGGAGUCGACGUUACGAGCCCGCCUCACGCCCGCCGAGGGCGAUCCACAGCGAGAUGGUGAGUCCCCCAGCUCUCCGGUCACUGACCCCCCGACGUCCGCGCUGAGCCACGACUCGAGCUUCGACGAGUACUACAACGCUCAGUCCCAGCUGCAGCAGACCUUCGAGUCUGCGCAGAACGGCGGCCGCGGCGUGUCCAAAAACAAGAGCGACACCAACCUGAUGGAGAUCUUCCUUCUCCCCCAGGACCACCAGCCCGGCAGCUUCCCCCGCAUGUUGCAGAACGGAUAUAUCGAGACGGAGGCUUCUGGGAUGGCGGUCAACGCCCGCACGGGGAGUGUCCGGCUGGGCAGGAACACGGGUGCCUAUGCUGACCACAACAGGCUGCAGGCCCCGAGGGCUGGUCAGUCUGCUUCUUCUUCUUCUUCUUCUCCUUCCGCUGCUGUCGUGAGUCCGCGGCUGGGCGGGAACCGCGUGAGUGUGUACGACAAUUUCGCGCCGGCGGACGGAAGCCGGUCAGCUCCUGUAUCCGGUGUUGUGGAGUCGGGUCAAGUCAGAGACCCCAGGGGCAAAGUGGACUACAGCAGAGGUUCACUCGCUUCGCCUUCUGCAAUCGGUUCUCAGAAAAACCGGAACGGUAAGAGUGUGAGUUUCGAUUCGGCUCCCUCGGCCUCGGAUAACAGACUUGGUCAAAUCACGGAAACGAACGCGAGCCCCGAGAGUCCCUCCUCCUCCUCAUCUUCUCCCUCCUCCUCGAUCCGCGAGACUUCUCAAUCAUUUCGUAACCAAAACGUCAGUUUCGAACCGUCACCCACAAGGACGUUAGAAGACUCGAAAUCAGGGGGAAAGAAUACGAACGUGACAACCGGUUCUGAAAUCAACCGGAUAACCGAAUCCAGCGAUACCGCCGCCUCUUCGGGAGAUAGCCCAAGAGGCGUGGUUCACAGCGCUAGUGUGGAUUCUUAUUUCACAGAAGGAGGAGAGGGGCGGGGAGGAGUAGCCCCCUCCGUCGUCCGCAGCCACACCGACAGCAACAACAGCAACAAUAGCAACAACGCGUGUAGCAGCGCGCUGCAGCAGGAGUACGCCGAGUUUGAUCAGAUCCUGCAGCAGCUCUACGACAACAUCGAGGACCUCAACCGCUGCAUGGGGUCAGGGGACAAAGCGAGGGUCGCCGCAAAAAGAUCCGCUGGCACAGCUUCCAGAGAUGUCACCGGCCCGACGUGACCAGCCGAGCCAUGCAGAUCAACAGCUUGACCAUUGGUCAGCUGGUCCGUCUGCAGAAACUGUCUCUGCUGAAACUGACCAGCAUCAUGGAGAAGUGUCUGCCCGUGAACAAGUCGGGAUGGAACUGGAUGAUGCCGCGCUUCAUGAAGAGACAUAAGACACCACGGACUUUGAAGGCAUCAACGCCUACAACGUGGCCGACAUGCUCAAGACCUACUUCCGAGACCUCCCGGAAUGUCUGCUCACCAGCAAACUGUCUGAGACAUUCCGCUCUAUCUACACGCACGUACCCUUGGACAAGCGGUUUGAGGCGAUCCAGGCGGCCAUCUUGUUGCUUCCGGACGAGAACAGAGAGGUCCUCCAGUCCCUCCUGCUGUUUCUCUGGGACAUCGCUACACACGAGUCGGAGCAUCAGAUGAACGCCAGCAACCUGGCCGUCUGCUUCACACCCACCGUGUUCAUGCUGGGCUCUCGCCAGGCGGCCACUCACAGCCCCAAGCGGAACCGCAAGAACUCGCCUGGCAUGCCAGACCCUCGGGAGAUCUUGGAGCAGAAGGCGGCGCAUGAGUGUCUCACCAUGAUGAUCCAGGACAGCAAGAAACUCUUCACUGUCCCUUUCAACCUGUUCCGCCAACUACAAGUCCACUCACUGGCACACAUGGAGCCCGCACCGCUGCAAGACUUGUGUGGGGACGACCCCGCCUCGGAAGUGAGAGCUUUUGGCCAGGAGAGGAUUCAGAUGGUGCUCAAGGAGGCCCACGACAAGAACAAGGGCUGGAUGCAGUGCUCUCCCAUUGCUGAUAUUGAAGUGAGUCAUCGCAAACCUCUGGAUGACUGCCCCCUCAAGGAAUGGAAGCUGGUGGUCGACAUUGAAGCCCCUCCCAUUGAGGUUUUGAGGAGGAUCAUGCACGAAAGGCAUGCGUGGGACGAGGACUUGUUGAGCUGGUCAGUGGUGGAAAGAAUGGACCCUCACUCGGACAUCUUCCAGUACGUCCUCAACAGCAUGGCACCACACCCCUCGCGGCACUACUGUGUGCUCAGAUACUGGCGUAGUGACCUGACCAAGGGGGCGUGUGCUCUGAUCACAAUGUCCGUGGAGCACGCCGACGCCAUGGAGGUACAGGGGGUGCGGGCGGUCGACCUGGGCUCCUACUUCCUCAUGGAACCCUGCGGGUCGGGCCGGUCACGGUUGACCUACAUCACGCGGGUGGACUCCAGGGGAAGAACACCAGAGUGGUACAGCAAGAUCUUUGGCCACAUCUCUGCCAACUUCCUGGAUAGACUUCGCGAGUCCUUCAAACAGGAAGCUACUAGCGGGCCCGAGACUAAAGUCUAAAGACCUCGUCAUCAGUAGCCACUGGUCGCUAAAGGAACUCUCCCAGCCUGGGCCUGAAGGCCGGUGUCAAAACCACAUAUUAUGAGGCUCCUGUUUGAACCACAUCAACUACAAACAAGUUUAUUUCCUGUGGUGUCUGCCACCCUGCCCAGUGAGUGUUGGAUGGGCCCUAACAGUGAUGGUGGUGGAGAGUGAGGAACCUUCUGAGUGAGAAGCCUAUUCAGAGAGAGAGAGACGAGGACAGAGUAGAGUACAUCAUUCCGCGAUCUCCGCGCGGACACCGUGAUACUAGGCCGGAGCCAGCUCGAGAAUAUUCACCACCAGUGUAUAUUCGCAGCUGGAGUAUAUUCACCAUGAUACAUUUGUACUCGCAGCUGGAGGAUAUUCACAAGAAUGUUUGAGUAGCCCCAUGGCUGUGGUGUGGGAAGAAGGCUCUCCAAGCACUGGUGCUCUGAGCAUGUGACUUGUUGUUGUGUUGUAGAGAAAGACAGAUCUUCUCUCCUUCCACGUGCAGAACAACAACCCGACCCUGUGGCCCGCUGACCAGUCGAGACCCGCUGACCAGUCAAGACCAUCACUCUUUUCUAAAACAAAGUGCCAUUACCACAACAACUUCUGCAA